AUGAAUGUUAUGCAAUUAGCAAAGAAGUUCCCUCAAUUUUCACAACAAGAAAUUUUUGAUCUUUCUGCGAAAUUCAAUAAAAUAGAUCUUGACGGUAAUGGCGCCAUUGAACAAAAGGAAAUUGUCAAGGCUUUGCAAAAUAUGGAUGAGAAAAAUUCAUACGACGAAAUUCGUGCUGCAUUGAAAGGAAUUAGUUUGAGUUCCACGGGUAAAGUCGAGUUGGAAGAAUUUGUUGAGCUCAUAGCAAAACUUCGAGAAGGACGUCACAAACAUGCUUUUGAAGUUAAUAAACAUAAGAUCACUGUUCAAGGAUCUAGUAGCAACGUUUCACAUACUAUCAAUGAAGACGAAAGAACAGAAUUUACCAGGCAUAUAAACCAGGCAUUGGCCGACGAUCCAAAUGUUAAAGACAAAGUUCCAAUCGAUACAAAUACUAUGCAAUUAUUUGAUGAAUGCAAAGAUGGUUUAAUUCUUGGAAAAUUAAUUAAUGAUUCUGUACCUGACACAAUUGACGAAAGAGUUCUCAAUGUUCCCGUCCGAGGAAAACCAAUUAAUAAAUUUCAAAUGACAGAAAAUAAUAAUCUGGUUAUUUUCUCCGCUAAAGGGAUAGGUUGUAAUGUAGUUAAUAUUGGAUCAGCAGAUUUGAUUGAAGGUCGAGAACAUUUAAUUCUAGGUUUAAUUUGGCAAAUUAUUAAAAUUGGGUUAUUAAACAAAAUUGACAUUAAACUACAUCCCGAGUUAUAUCGUCUUCUUGAAGAGGAUGAAACACUUGAUCAAUUUUUAAAAUUACCACCAGAUCAAAUUUUAUUGAGAUGUAAAGAUGUAAAGGAUGGUGAAAAUUACACCGUUCUUCUUAACCAACUCUCUCCUGACCUCUGUUCACGCGAUCCCUUAAGAGAACCCGAUCUUUUAGAACGUGCCGAAAAGGUUCUUCAAAAUGCUGAGAAAUUGGGUUGUCGCAAGUAUUUGACUCCCAAAGCACUUGUCGCUGGGAAUCCCAAAUUAAAUUUGGCUUUCGUUGCUCAUUUAUUUAAUACACAUCCUUGUCUUGACCCACUUGGCGAAGAAGAAAAAGCAGAACUUGAAGAAUUCGAUGAUUCAGAUGACAGAGAAGCAAGAGUAUUUGCUCUUUGGAUGAAUAGUUUGGAUGUCACACCAGCUGUCAAUAAUUUAUAUGAAGAUUUAAAGGAUGGACUUAUUAUUCUUCAAACUUUGGAUAAAAUCAAACCUGGUACUGUAAAUUGGAAGAAAGUAAACAAGUCAGGAAAUUUAUCACGAUUUAAACAAGUGGAGAAUACAAAUUAUGCUAUUACAUUGGGAAAGUUAUUACGGUUCACACUUGUUAAUAUUCAAGGUGCCGAUAUUUGUGAUGGCACAAAGACCUUAGUUCUUGGACUUGUAUGGCAAAUGAUGCGCAUAAAUAUUAUUCAAACACUUACAAGUUUAUCUAAAGGAGGUCGUGAGAUUACUGACGAAGAUAUGGUCAAAUGGGCAAAUGAUACUGUUAGCCGUGGUGGGAAAUCCACAAAGAUGAGAAGCUUUAAAGAUCAAUCUUUGAGAAAUGGUCUUUUUUUAAUUGACUUACUAAAUGGUAUUAGGCCAGGAGUAGUAGAUUAUAGUUUGGUAACAAGAGGAGUUUCUGAUGAUGAUGCCACACUAAAUGCUCGAUAUGCCAUUUCCAUUGCACGAAAAAUUGGAGCUACUAUUUUCUUAUUACCAGAAGACAUUGUUGAAGUUCGUCCUCGAUUGAUCUUGACAUUUGUUGGAAGUUUAAUGGCAGUAGAUAAAUCAGCCAAUCGAUAA